GUUACGACACGUCGGUGUAAUGCCGAUCCGUGGCUAAAUCUGUUGCUGACACGUAGUAUUGGCCCCGCGUGUAACGUCAGUAUAAACUUAGGGUCAGUUUGUUAGAGGGUAUUAGACUACAAGAACCCUGGCAAGUUGAGUACUGCGGCCGUAAAUCGUUACAAUCGAACCUGCUCAUUUUAGUAACAAUGUCAUUUUUUCGUGUGUUUAUAUUGGCCUGCCUUGUUGGAUGUUUCUAUGGAGCACCCGGAGUGGACAGAGAAGCUGAUCGAGCAUCGAUGGUAACAAUCCAUGAAAAACAAGUUAGUAUGAUGAAGGAUAUGGCAAAAAUGGCCGGCCUCCCACAAGACAAGAUGGAGGAAUUAACUAAGGAACUUACACAACACAAACAAAAACUCGACAUGCUGCAAAAAAAUGACCGUGAUUUGAAUGACGUCGAAGAAAGAAAAAUAGAAAUCAAGUUACGACGUGAUCUCCAUGAUAUAGCUACCAAAUAUAAAUUAAUAGACGAGAAAGCACCCGCACCAGCAGUCCCAAUCGGGGAAGGCAUGUUUAAGGAUAAUAGAUUGAAUAAAAUAUGGAACAGGGCAUCCAAAUCUGGACAGUUCUCUGACUUGGAGUUGGAUAGUUUGAAAUAUGAAUUAACUGAACACGAAGAAAGAAUCGAUGAGUAUCGUGAAACGUUGGAACAGUUUGCAACAGAACAUCCGCCCUCAGCGGAGCAGACAGACGAUGACUCUUCUGUGAUACUCAGGAAAAUAGAUAUGAAAUUGCAAUAUGAUUCUCUCAAUAAUGAGUUGAAAAGACUGGAGAUGCGAGCAAUUCCACACAAUGAGAAAAGCGGAUUUAUCGAACCCAGGGUACAUCAAAUGUGGGUCGAAGCGAUUCGAAGCAAUUUUACGGACGAAGAAUUACAAUCACUCAGGGAAGAGCUGGUUCAUUUCGAAGGCAAGAUACAACAACAUGUGGAUCUGAGAGACCAAGCGCACAUAGCGGCAAUGAAAUACCAUGCUGAUAAAUCUGUCGGCGAAAAGGUUGACCCAAAAGCACACGAGGAAUUGAAAGACGAGGCUGACAACUUAGGAUAUUAUAUCAAAGACUUUGUCGGGGAUAUGCGAUCACGUUUCUCCUCCCGUCGACACACCGAGCUGUAGGGUCAAGCCAUCUUACGAUAUGAUUUUUUAAAGUGUCAUGAGCUGCGUUUUUGACAAAUUUGUUUGUAUUUUUAUUCAUACUACCGGGCCAAAUGACUUUUAUGUGCGUUUCGUGGUACCAAUACAAUUACUCGCAAAUUACGAACAUACAAAAACGUGAGAUUCAAACUCGUCGCUGUGGGCAACCGCGCACACUACUGCGCACACUCACCCGUCUCGAAAAGACCAUUAUCAUAUAGCGUGUGGUGAACGCGGUCGUACAGUCACUAGAUGGUCCUUGGAGAGGCGGGGCCUUGGCGUUGCAUAAAACUAUAUACAGCGCUGUACAAAGCAGAAUAUACAUGUUCAAUAAGACCUAUUAAGUUAAGAUUGCCCUCGGGACAACUACAUCAACAGUGACACAAAUAUAAUUGCAACUUUUUUUAAGUACAGUACAGUCAAAUGAGAAAUUGAGGGUAAUCAGACCACAUGGCCUAUACAUAUGGUUUUAGCACGCAGAUAGCUGGAAAUGAUAAUACACUGUAUAGAUGUUAUUCGCUUGUUAUUACCUGGACAAUCUAGCCUAUAAUCCCAAAAAGUUGUCUGUUGAUGUUUCACCGAUUGUCUGCCUCCAUUAUUUCAGUGCAUUACAAUGCACAAGCCUGAAUGUAAGAGCCGCCAUGCUAUUAGAUUUUAGACUGAUUCACUACUCUCAUUCACUACUGAUUUUUUGAAGA